AUGUUCAACUACGCUGCAUUGGCCCUCCUCCCAGUGGCCUUAGGCUAUGUCACACCUCUCUCGAGCCGAGCUGGCUGUACAGCCCCCGUUGAUGGGCUCGUCGGUUAUGCCGCUGGCGUAACAGGAGGUGGUAGCGGCAGCGGAACCACAGUUACCUCCUGCUCUGAGCUCACCUCUGCCAUUGAAGGUGGCGGUGUUAUUACGAUUGAUGGGAUUCUAUCUGAUUGCGGCAUUUUCAAAGUACCAAGCGACACGACAAUCAUUGGAGUCGGUGCUGACUCUGGUUUGACUGGUGGUGGCUUCAUUUUGAAGAAAGUCUCCAACGUCAUCCUCCGCAACCUAAAGCUGCACAACCCUCCUGAGAGCGACGAUCUGAUUGCUCUUAACCUCGCCACUAAGGUCUGGAUUGAUCACUUGGAUUUGUCUACUGACGGCCUCACUGGCUCCAAGGACUUUUAUGAUGGCCUCUUGGAUAUCACCCACGCGAGCGACGACGUCACCGUAUCAUGGACUAAGUUCCAUGACCACUGGAAAGGAUCUCUCGUUGGCCACUCCGACAACAAUGCCGCUGAGGACACCGGCUACCUCAAAGUCACCUACCACCACAACCACUUCUCCAACGUCAACUCUCGCCUGCCAUCCAUCCGAUUCGGCACCGGACACAUCUACAGCUCCUGCUUCGAGGACUGUCCAACCUCCGGAAUCAACUCCCGCAUGGGUGCCCAAGUUCUUGUUGAGCAGAGCAGCUUCGUCAACGUUGGCCUUGCCAUCACGACGAACCUGGAUAGCGACGAGCCUGGCAAUGCCGUUUCAACCGAUAACCUCUUUGAGAACAGCCCGACGGAUAUCACCCAGGAAGGCUCUCUCACGCCACCUUACGACUACGUUCUUGAUGACGCUUCGUGCAUUUGUGAUUACGUGAAGGCUCAGGCCGGCACUGGCAUUGUUAACUAAGCAUCGUUUUAGAAGUAUAUUAGAAUAUGCCUUUUGCAGUGC